AUAAUUUCUACGGCAGUGACGUAGGAGAGAGGCGUUGACCAUUAUCAUAUCACUCUUCUUGCAAAGUGCAAACAGAACAACAGACCACCUCAGCGCGUAGGCUAUGUUGAAGGCUGUAACCAGGUGCCUUUGGUCAAAUUCUGUUGCUGGCAGAAGAAUGCUGUCCCAUCAUAUAUCACCAAAUUUGUCAGGAAAAGUUGCUAUAGUAACUGCAUCCACAGAUGGGAUUGGGCUCGCAGCCGCAGAGGCCUUGGGUCAGAGGGGAGCGCAUGUGGUUGUGAGCAGUCGACGUCAAACCAACGUUGACAAGGCUGUUUUACUCCUACGCAGCAAAAAUAUACAAGUAAUAGGUACCACAUGCAAUGUGGGGAAGGCAGAAGACAGAGAGAAGCUCAUUAACAUGACAAUCGAGCAGUGUGGCGGUGUGGACAUACUGGUGUCUAAUGCAGCAGUGAACCCAUUUUUUGGGAACAUAUUAGAAUCCACCGAAGAAGUCUGGGACAAAAUACUUGGAGUGAAUGUGAAGGCUUCUUUCCUUCUCAUAAAACAAGUCGUGCCUCACAUGGAGAAAAGAGGAGGUGGGUCAGUUGUCAUUGUGUCUUCAGUUGCAGGAUACCAGCCAAUGCAAGGUCUGGGCCCCUAUAGUGUGAGUAAGACCGCCCUGCUUGGUUUAACCCGAGCGCUUGCUCCUGAUCUCGCCCAGAGUAACAUCCGGGUCAACUGUGUCGCCCCUGGUGUCAUCAAGACACGUUUCAGCGCUGCUCUGUGGGAAAAUGAAGGUGUGCUGGAAGAGUUCUUGAAACAGACGAGCAUAAAAAGACUCGGGGAGCCAGAGGAUAUAGGUGGUGUGAUUGCGUUCCUGUGCUCAGACGAAGCCUCGUACAUCACCGGAGAGACCAUCACUGUAACUGGAGGCAUGAACUGCAGACUGUAAGAGGACUGGCAUAGAGGCAGUAAAACAGUUAUCAUGUACUUGCACAUAAGAGGGAAACCUUCUAAUUCAGUGACACACUUGUAGCGGUUGAUGAAGAAAUGCAUUAUACAUUAAAAAAAUUGUAAUAAAAUAAUUUGUGCUA